UUCUUCACGUCCUUUACUCAACCCCACACGCAUUUUAAUUUAUUCCCACACAUGAAGCCUUCCUUCAUCAUGUAUUCUACCUAGCUUCAACACACACACAUAGAAUAGGAGGAGGAGGAGGAGGAGGAAGAGGAGAGAGAGAGGGAGAGUAACCAUUUUAUCAUCCAUGAAAGAAGAACCCAUCCACCAGAUGGUGGUAUCAGUUCCAUCAGAGCUAAAGAUAGCCCAUGGUGAUCAAUCUGCAAAGACCCAUCAUCAGCUUGUGAACAAUCUUAGGGUGUCCAAUGAUGAAUUCUCAAAAACCCGACGGUUGGACGACGACAACAACAAGAAGAAGGAAGCUGCAAUUCAUGGGCCUUCUUCUACUACAAGUGGUGGUGGUGAGGACGUCACAGGACGUGAGAGGUUGAAGAGACACCGGAUCGAGAUGGCCGGGCGGACCUGGAUACCAGAUAUAUGGGGUCAGGAGGAGCUGCUCAAGGAUUGGAUUGACUGCACCAAGUUUGAUGAUGCUUCACUGGUGACCAAUAAUGUCAUAAUGUCAGCUCGAGCAGCUUUGGUUCAAGAGGGAAGAAGAGCUAAUUCCAGCAGAUUUAGGAUAGAGAACAGGUGUUAAUCAAAUUUUGAUUUUCAAUAUUGUUUAUCUUCCUUUUUCAUUUUAUUUAAGCUUAUCUUGUUGUUGAUACUUGAUAAAUUAACAUUUUUAUAAGAGUCAUUCCUAGAUUAAUCA